GAAAUUUGUAGCGGAAUGAUCAAUGCAUUAUUUCAAUUCAAAUUUCAAUUCCAUUAUUGGAUUUGUUAGCAAAAUGAUGAACAGGGUCGCAAAAAUUUCGCCAGAUCUCGUGUAGAGGUAAACGAAAUCUUUGAAGAACGAAUUAGCAGCAGAUGCGAGGAUGAAAACAACCGAUGGCACUAAUAUUAGCAAAUACGCAGAAAACAGUCAAAUAUUUUCAUCGUUUUCUGCUUUCCCUCGUUUUUUACCAACAGAUAAAUCAAUGAAAGGUAUUGUUAUCGGUGGAUUUACCGGUGGUAUCGAAAUAUGUAUCACAUUUCCAACCGAAUAUGUUAAAACACAAUUACAAUUAGAUGAACGUUCGGCACAUCCAAUUUAUAGAGGUCCAAUAGACUGUGUUAAAAAAACGGUUCAAACCAACGGAUUCUUAGGAUUAUAUCGCGGAUUACCCAUAUUAGUCUAUGGUUCUAUUCCAAAAUCAGCAUUUAGGUUUGGAACAUUUGAAACUUUGAAGGGAUAUGCCGUUGAUUCGAAUGGCAAUCUUACACCGAUGUGGCGACUCUUUUGUGGUUUUGGUGCAGGUCUUUCGGAAGCAGUAUUUGCUGUUACACCAAUGGAAACUAUUAAAGUGAAAUUUAUUCAUGAUAGGCAGUUGGCUAAACCAAAAUUCAAAGGCUUUUUCGGUGGUUUGAAGACAAUUGUGCAAACUGAAGGCUUCCGGGGUUUAUAUCAAGGUGUUACAGCCACAAUGGCAAAACAAGGUUCUAACCAGGCAAUACGAUUUUUCGUAAUGGAAACUUUGAAAGACUGGUAUCGUGGAGGAGAUAGUUCGAAGACGGUCAGUAAACCAGUUACAGCGUUAUUUGGUGCAUUUGCUGGUGCAUGCUCCGUAUACGGUAAUACUCCAAUUGAUGUUGUGAAAACUCGGAUGCAAGGUUUAGAAGCUAAGAAAUAUAAGAAUACAAUCAACUGCGCUUAUCAGAUUUUAAAAACGAAGGAUUCUUCGCAUUUUACAAAGGUACUAUACCUCGGCUAUGUCGCGUUUGUCUCGAUGUCGCAUUAACAUUUACUUUAUACGACUCAAUCAUGGAAUAUGCUAACAAACUGUGGAAAACAGCAUGAAUUUUCAGUCCUUCGUCCACGCUUAUACAUUGUAGUACAGCUUGCACAAUUUAUCUCCCAUGGGAAAAUUAGUGAGAAACCGAAAUCCUUCAAAUGAAGAUUACGAAAGUGGAUGAAAACCGACCAGAAGUGGGUAGAUUGAUUUUGAAACUGAA